UCUCUGCGGUACGGUCGUAUUCUACUGUGUCUUGUUCUUACAUUUUUUUCUUUUUCUUUUUCUUUUAAUUCAACCGCAGUUAAAAAAUCAUGAGUAAUCACGUUUGGUUUUGAUCUCUGCUCUUCGCUUUGUUGCCGUUCCCAACGAACCUGCUAAUCAUCUGAUCGAUCCAUUUAUUCCUAGUGAUCCUCAGGUUUCUCUUCUUCCCCUUCCAUGGCUACUUUUUUCUUUUAGGCCCAUCUUAUUCUCCUCCUUUUUCUUUUCCCGUUUCCUAAUUCCCUCUCAGUUCGCUUGAUCGAUCGUGGGUUCCUUGAAAAAUCCGAAAUUUUCUCGAGUUCGUAUCUGGGUGCUUCGAUUCUCCAGGUCUGAACAUGGCGGUCGUUGAGAACGGCGGUGCUGAUGCUGGGGCCGGCGUGAUCUCGCCGUCUCCUCCGUCGUCGGUGGUGAGUCAGGACUCGGGUGUGUCGUCCAACGACCGGGACCACCAGUCGAGGAUCGAGCUCGGUCUGAACCCGAGCGGUGGCGGUCCGGUUCUCCGACAUGAUCAGGGCGGCAUCUACGGCAAGAUCGGUUCGCACGUGCCGAGAUCCGACGGAGACGACGGCGGAGAGAGCUUCAAGCGCGAGAUGAGGGAGCUUCAGGAGCUCUUCUCCAAGCUCAACCCCAUGGCCGAGGAGUUUGUUCCUCCGUCGCUGGUUAGGCAAGGCAGUGACGGCUUUAACGGCGUCAACGGUGGUUUCAUCACCGGCUUCAACUCCUUCCUGAGCAACAAUGUCUUUGGGGCUCCCGGAAACGGCUCCUUCAACCGCGGUUUUCGACGGAAGAAGAGUUUCGGGCAAGGGAAACGGAGGAUCAACAGUAGGACGAGCAUGGCUCAGAGGGAAGAAAUCAUCCGGAGAACUGUCUACGUCUCUGACAUUGACCAACAGGUCACCGAGGAACAGCUUGCUGGUUUGUUUGUCAGCUGUGGACAGGUCGUUGAUUGUCGUAUAUGUGGUGACCCUAACUCGGUACUUCGCUUUGCUUUCAUAGAGUUCACUGAUGAAGAGGGUGCAAGGGCAGCACUGAAUUUAUCCGGGACGAUGCUUGGAUUCUACCCGGUUAGGGUUCUACCCUCCAAAACAGCUAUUGCGCCGGUUAACCCGACCUUCUUACCGAGGACCGAAGAUGAACGUGAGAUGUGUGCCAGGACUAUCUACUGCACUAACAUUGACAAGAAGGUCACUCAGACCGAUUUGAAGCUCUUUUUCGAGUCUGUCUGUGGAGAGGUGUACCGCCUGAGGGUUCUUGGAGAUUUUCAGCACUCAACUCGUAUCGCUUUUGUAGAGUUUGUGAUGGCUGAAAGCGCGAUCGCAGCUCUGAACUGCAGUGGCGUUGUUCUUGGUUCUUUCCCGAUAAGGGUGAGCCCUUCAAAGACGCCUGUCCGCCCUCGUUCCCCACGGCUUCCCAUUCACUGAUACUACCUGCAGAUUUCACAGUUAUAUAUAUACUGUCUCUGUCUCACCUCAGACAGCCAUCUGAAGAUGUCAAUCUGCAUCUCUGGUCUCUGUUUUUUUUUUUGGGCAUAUGCUAAUCCCGAAGGUGAAGAUGAUGGAUGCUCUUCGUUUGCGUGGGAAAACGCUCUUUUAGGUAAAUCUUCGUAGAAAAAAAGAUGAUCUACGUUUUCGUCUCGUCAUGGCUCUUUUGAAAACAGAAUGAGCUCUUUCUCUGUCAUUAAACUCGCUUGGUGUUCGAGAUGACACCUUUGCUUAAACUUAAAUUUUUAGUAUAUAGUUUUUAUUUAAAUUC